AUGGCUAGCGAAGAUGGCUGGACGUGCGACGCCAACGAUGCGCUCCACAUCACAAUUGUGCAGCCGGGCGACACGAAACCCAAGACGCUGUCAACCUUCCACCCUCAAUUUACCUAUCCAAUCUUUGGCGACGACGAACAAAUCUUCGGCUACAAGGGGUUGAUCAUUCGGUUACGCUUUGCCGCCCAUGAUCUCCGUCCCCAUGUGCACAUCUCUUACGACGACCGGUUCAAAGCGGUUGGUGAUACUGCUCCGAUGGAUCUACUAGGUGCCUUGAAGAAUUUUGUCUCCGAAGAGGCAUUCACCAACCUGCCCGAUUACGAAAAAGAAGUCCAGGACGACCCAAGCGCCAAGGACUUUACACCACCGGGAAAGCUGGUCUUUGACUACGAUGUUGAGGAGAGAAAAUACGAGAUUUGGGCUGGAUCACUCGCGGAUCCGAAAGUGCGGCUUUUGCUGGACCGUAUGCAGGUCCUUGUUUCUCUUUUCAUCGAAGCCGGAACUCCUUUGGCGACAGAUGACCCUGAGUGGUCUCUUGAGCGCUGGACGGUCUUCUUUGUGUAA